AUGGACGUUCAGACAAAUAACCAUAUGUUCACAUCAAAUACUGUGAAUGCUAAUAUCCCGUCAUUCAUGGGCGUUAUGAAUCACGGCUCAGCAAAUUUAUCUCGUAACAACUCGACGUCAUCUUAUGGAAGAGAACUUCAUUCUGGCAUGAGGGACAGAAUGAGUUUGCUACGAAAAUUGGAUCUUGACCCAUCGCUGACGUUGGAUCUAAGUAAUUGUGAUGAUACUUCGAUCAGUGGAUAUCUAGAUAUUUUGAAUCAAAAGUAUCGGUUAGAAGUUGAAAAGAUACGUCAGGAUAAUCUAAAACUAUUGGAUAAGUUGGUGGAUAAGUUAAAUUCGAUGGAAAAUUUAUCUGAUGAAACUUGUGAAAAACUAAUUGAAUUCGUAAGAGAUGAAAAUAUAAAGAAGACGAAACUCGAUUUGGAUGAAGGUUUGACGCUAUCCACAAAUAGACCAAACUACAUUGCAUCACCUGCCGGGAAGGAAGAUCGUCUAUCAGUGUCCUCUCUGCCCUCACAUUAUAAAAUUAAUGAAUUCAAUAGAGGACAAGUCGCAUAUAUUGGUGGGUCCCCUUACUCUGUGGCAUUCCAAGGUGGACCGAACAGCACUGGUCCUUCAUUUCAAAACCAAACCCCAACUUUUAAUCUAUACAACGGAGGCACGCUGCCACGUCAAUCAUCUACUUUAGGUCUCUUUCAACCUGCAGUAAAUCCAGUUCUUCCGCCUACUGUCACUAACCAGCCUUUUAUAGCACCACAGAUAAUAACGGGUCCUCCGAACUUAUCGCCUCCAUUACCAAACAACCAUUCUUCUUCUGGUUAUAUGAUGGCUUACGACGCAACUACAAACACUAGACAAAGUUUCCCAGCUCCUUAUCCUGCCCUAUUGCAACAAUAUGAGGCUGGUCAAGAUCUGAAAGUAAUCCCUUUCAAGGCAUCAAAAUUGAAUCUCGGGGCUUCAACUACUCAUGAGAACAACGAUAGCCAUAAAAAUAAGAGACCGCAUCUUCAAGGUUCUUCAAAAACGAAAAUUUCUGUCAAUCAAAAACAAAGUACGAGUAACAAGUUAACCAAUGACACGGAUAGUGCGAAGAUGAGGCCUUAA